AAACACUUGGAAAAACAACAACAUACAAUCAUCACCAUAUAUACAUACAUUCCAAAACAAAAUCCGUGCAAAUGCAGCAACGGUUACAAUUAUAGACGGCUUAAAGGCUUUAGCUUAACGACAGUGAAAUUACCACACGAAAACCGAAAAAAGAAAGAAUCAGUUUGUGAUACGCAGAAUUUUGUAAGCAUUGCUAAUCUAAUCUCUGGAGGCGAGGAGAGUCGGCGAGGUGAGGAACAUACAGUAGCAGAGACCAAAUCAAAGUCGACGGGCAGGUAGAAGCAGUUGGCACAUUUCUCACGGACAGCGACGACGAAUUUUUUGGUGAACUUUCCAUUUUUCGACCGCAUCAUGCUAUCGCGCCUACAGGACUUUCUGUCACGCCAUCGCCGCAAGUUUGUGGUUACAGGCUUGCUGGUGGGUGGUUCCAUCUUUGCGGCUCGCUAUGCCCAACGCAAACUGGUGGAAUAUCAGGAGCGUCAGGCGAGGGAAUUCUUUGAGCGAACACGUCGAAUGCAUCAUUUCGAGUCGACGGAAAGGACGUGCAAUCAGGUUAUACUCGGAAUGGGCGAGGAGAUGUGCCAAGCUGUGCUGAAAGAGUGUAGCACUGUUGAAUUGCUGGAGCAGCUGCGUCAGAAUCCCAAAAACAAGGUGGAAUUGUGGGAGAAAGUUAAAAUUAUCUCAUUCACCCGGCUGGCCACGUUUGUGUAUGCAUCCUCCAUGCUCGUUAUAGCAUUGCGGGUCCAACUAAAUGUACUUGGUGGCUAUAUCUAUCGUGACAUCAUGAGUGGGGAAGUGCAAAUAACGGAUGAACUGAAGCAGCAAUAUCUAUCCCUUAUAAGGCACUUUAUAGCAGAAGAUGGAUUGCGGGAGCUGGUUCGUUAUAUACGCAGCCAAGUGUUGGUAGUCAUCAAAUCGAUGCCAUUAACGCGGCAACUCACUCUAAACGAUUUAGAGCAAAUCUUUUGGUCCCUACAAAUGGCCAUUAAUGCUGAUACGCGACGUGAUCCCAAUUCCAGGAUGAGCAAGUAUCUUCUGCCCACAACACAUUCCAAUUUCUCGCCUCUACUGCAGCAAAUGUAUAAUGAAACGCUCGAUCUACUCGAAAGUGAGGAUGCCAUGGCCGUCUGCUCACAUAAUGUGAGCCGAGGAUUCGUGUUGGCCUGCGAUGCUAUUGCCGAGUCAAUGGGUGAAACUCUGCAACAUCUGGCACCUGGUGAAGUCAAACAGCAGCCCAGCUCGGCCCAAACGGAGCAAACAUUGAAAUUCAAUCAAAGUUCAAGCAGCAAAAGCAAUUCGAUUGCGAAUACCAAUCCCAAUCAACAGGGAUCGCCGGCAGCUGAGAAUAAUAAUCUACUUAACAUCAAUACUGUCUUAAUGGCAUUGGCCAAGCUUAUACCAAUCAUAAGUGGCCUCACCUCGAAGGGUUACGAUAGCAAGGCGAGACCUCAUAAUUUGCCCACACAACUGCUUAGCUUCUAUGUGGUGGCCGAGAAGUGCAAAACUUUGGGCGCCAAUGUGUACGAGACCUUCAGUUCGGCCUAAAUAUAAUGGCCGAUCAUCCCCGCCCCUUCUCACAUAUAGUAUAUGCAUCAUACGCAUAGUAUAUAUAUGAUUAGUCUAGGCUUAACCAUUACAUAGAUUCUAUAAUUUUUUUUGUGUGUUUUCAAAACGAAACGGAUUAGUUGAUCACAUUGUUGGUAUGUCCAGAAAACUACGCUAAACUUUUAAUCUAUGUCUAUAAUUGUAAGAAUAUUUAAAACGAAUACAGUAUAUACAUAUACAUAUAUUCGACAGGUCUAGUUUUGUAAGCAUCUACAAUAAUUGAAUGCACAGGGACAUGACAAACAUCAAAAAAACAAAAACAAACAAAGUAAAUUUGAGCAACUUUAAAGGCCUUUAUAACGAGAAGAGAAAAUGAACAAAAAUAAAUGGAACAACUUAUUUAA